AUGGAGUGUGGUCCUAACGAGCCGACAUUAUUUAAUUUUGAAAAUAAUUCUACAAGACAAUUUAUUCAUUCACUUGUCUUAUUUCAAAAAGCAUAUGCCCCAAUUCAUGGAAGAAUUUGUGUAUUUUUGUGUCUUUUUGGUGUAAUAACAAAUUUAAUUCAUUGUGUAGUUCUUACUAGACCACAAAUGAGGCAAUCAGCAGUUAAUUCUAUUAUGACGGCAGUAGCUUUAUGUGAUUUAGGGACAAUGGGCUCUUAUUUAAUUUAUAUUUGGCAUUUUGUGCUUGGAGGGAAUUUAUGUUCAAAUACCCAAACACAUAUUUGGAUGUAUUAUUUAUUAUUACAUAUAUUUCUUUCAAUUGUAUUACAUACAGCAACACUUUGGUUAGCUGUUUUAAUGGCAUUUUUAAGAAGAAUGACUUUACAUAGAAAUACACUUUAUAGUAAAUGGCAAAGAGUAGCCUUAGCUAGACGUGCAUCUUUAACUGUUAUAUUUUUUAUUUUAUUACUUUGUAUUCCAUCAUUAGCAGUUCAUCAAGUAAUUAAAUAUCCCCACGCUAAUUGGCACCCCUCUUUAUUGUGUCCAAAAAUUAUUUCUGGAAUUUUGUCAAAAAAUCAUAGCGAACCAAUUUUUACAAUUAUAAUAAGGAAUACAGCAAUGGCUAAUGGAUGUUGGCUUUUUAAAGCUAAUUUAUGGCUUACUGGGAUUUGCUUUAAGGUAAUUCCCUGCCUUUUACUUUUAAUUCUCAGUGCCAGUCUUUUACAAAGACUUAAACAAGCAGAGAAAAAACGUUGUCAACUUUUAUUAAAACAAUUAAGUGAUUCGCCUAAAAAUGAUGGAAGGAAUUCUGUUGAUAAUUUAAAACAACGGCAAAAUGGAGGAAUCAAAAAAAUGCAUGCUGACAGAACAACAGGCCUUUUAUUAGCAAUUCUUUGUGUUUUUCUUUUAACAGAAUUACCCCAAGGCCUUAUAGCCAUACUUAACGCAAUAUACACGGCAGAUGUCCACAGAUUUAUUUAUUUAACUUUGGGGGAUGUUUUGGAUUUACUUUCGUUAAUUAAUUCUUCUGUUAAUUUUGUUUUGUAUUGUUUAAUGUCUUCACGUUAUAGACAAACUUUUUGUUCCCUCUUUCUUCCAAUUAAAAUUUGUGGACGUUGUGUUGCUAAUGGAGGACAGUCAGCCCCUCCUUUACAAAGUUUUGUGUCAGAAAAACAAUUUAACGAUAAUUGUGAUGAACUAGAAUUAAGAGGAACUCUUGCACAAAGGCUAGCACAGAGAAGAAGGUCAACCCCAACACUUCGAUUACAAAGAGUUGGAAGUCAACAAAGCCAUUUAAGUAUGCGUGAUUGGAAAGAAAGACAACAAAAACAAAGGAGAGGAUCUAACUUUCCCAAAUAUUUAGAGGAAAAAAUAAAAGAAGAUUCGAAUGAUGAAAAUAAACAACAGACAAAUUUACUCACUCCAAAUGCGGGUUUUUAA